AUGUCUAGUAGCACGGGUCUAACAAAUGGUCAGUCAUUCAAGCUGCAAUCUGCUGUUUCCGUAGAGCGCACAUCUUUCAAUUCAGAUGGUUCGCGUGAUAAGCAUGCUCGCUGUUCAAAAGCUGGUCGUGAAGAUUCUGAACUUGCUAAAGUAACCGCGAAGCUUUCACCGCAGCUGUCUUCUUCAGUGGAAGUUGUGACGGUUGAUCUGAUCUCCGACCAGGAAUUGAUCUCUCUUUAUGAAGAACGCAUUCCUCAUUCUUCUGUAAAAUACGAUGAUGUGUUGAGGAAAGCAGUCUUUCUCUUGCGAGAAAAAACUCGCAUUGAAGAAGAGGUGUUGGGUCUGCGUGCUCGUAAUGAAUCGCUGCAGCAGUUAAAUAAAACCAUUAGAGAAAAAAGCGUCCGCUUGCAUGCCAAAGCUGAACAGGAGGAGGAAUUUAUAUCCAACAUGCUACUGAAGCGCAUUCAGAAAUUGAAGAAUGAUAAGGAAGCUCUGGCUCUGAAGUAUGAACAGGAGGAGGAAUUUUUAACAAACGACUUGACGCGCAAACUUUCUCAAUUACAAAAUGAACGAGAUGAACUGGCUGGGCAGGUUGAAGCGGAGCAGAGUUGGGUCGUCGACACACUGCUUGUGAAAAUUCGUAAACUAGAAGCGGAAAUUAGUGCAAACCACACGGCACUCGAGCAGUUGCGUCGCGAAAAAGUCGAUCUUGAAAAUGCACUUGAACAUGAACAAGAAUCUUUGUUUAACACUUUGGGUAAGCGGAUGGAUCAGUUGGAGGCUGAAAAAAGACGUAUGCAGGCUCGCUUGGAUCAGGCUAGUUUAUCGGACGAUCAUUCGCCAUCCUCUUCAGCAAAUGAGUUUCCAUCUCACGAAAUGAAUGAUACUGGAGAGCGUCGCUCGACAAGGGCUGAAACAGAAGCUCGUAAACUACGUGAAGAAUGCAGUCGCCAGCGUAGCGUUAUCGCAAAUCUCAAGGGAACAAUCUCCAAUUUGCAACAACAAAUGAGUGCACAAGAAACAAAGUACGUUGCUGAUUUGUUGGCCAUUCGUGAGAAGUCGGCUGAGUCGCGUGCCAAUAAUCGUCGCUCACGUAUGGCUUUGGAAACUGAUCUGGCACGUUGUCUUGAAACCUGUCGUGCAUUCGCCGCUUCGGAAACAACACGUGAGAACGAUGAGGAUAAUUGUAUGGCGGCACUUCUUAACCGAAUGUCUGUUCCGAAAAGUAUAACACCAACACCCACUUAUGCUACAGAUGCUUCUAGUCCAAGUGCUGUCACAAUUCCAAAUGCAGAUGUUUGUCCAUUCCCUUGGCACAAUGAGCGUGUGUCAUCUGGACGUUCGGACUCACAGGGUGAUAGAAUGGAAGAAGGUUCGGAGGCGGCAGAUACAGAUGGUGAUAUGAACAUGGAUGCAAAUUUCUUCAUUAAUGAACGCCUCUCUCCUCGAAAUGAAGAUGGAGAGCGUUCUAAUGAAGAAUCAACGAAGACAAUAUCGGCAUAUCCUGGUUCGAUUUCAUCAGCUUCAAAUGAAGAUUCGAACGAAUCAGCGGAAUUGGCACAUAUAGGUCUUGGUCAGUUUGCUCGUCCAGCCCUUCCACCAACUCGUUCACCUAUUGCUAAGAAAGACUGA